GUGAAAAACCAUUUAAGUGUGAAUUCGAGGGCUGUGACAGGCGCUUUGCAAACAGCAGCGACCGCAAAAAGCACAUGCAUGUGCACACUUCCGACAAGCCCUAUCUCUGCAAAAUGUGUGACAAGUCCUACACGCACCCCAGCUCCCUCAGAAAGCACAUGAAGGUAAAUGGAGGGCGCCUG